AUGCUCACUUAUAUGGUUGCUAAAAAAUUGCUGGAAAGUGAUGAUGAAAACCACACCUACACUCACACUAUAGAAUUGCAAUCAAAAGAUCACAGAUAUGAUCGGUUGUAUGAUCAACAACAGAAUCUACAACAAUACGAAAAUCAACAGCAAUACGAAAAUCAACAGCAAUACGAAAAUCAACAACAAUACGAAAAUCAACAAUACGUUCAACAAACAUAUUAUGCCCCACCACCACAAAACUUUAAUGUAAAUUCAAAUGGAUAUUCACCAGUUUAUCUUCAAGCACCUCCUCCUCAACAACAACAACCACAGGUUAUUUAUACAACAACAACUACUACUGUAAAUUCUCCAUCCAACGGUGAUAAUGAUAUAAUACCGGCUAUCGCGAUUUUUAUCAUUGGAAUAGGACAGGCUUCCAACUUUAAUUACAACAACAACAACUGUUAUGACUAUUCAAGUUGUCAAUAA